AUAUCAGUUUACUCUCCCAAACCAAUUUCUCGGCUCUACUUAAGCCUAUCGCCGGUCGGCAUAGCAGUUUAUCGGCGACGCCUCCUCAGUUUUCCUCACAGUCGCCGGGAAGAGCUGCCAGCCGCCGCGAGUGGUCGCUGUCCGCCCUUUGCUGUUUGCUCUGUAGCUAUCUCUUUCUUGCACAAAACGCAGAUAGAAGACGCGAAAGAUGCGGCAUGCUAGCAAGGAUCUUUUGUGUUUGGAGCGGAAAGAUUUGCCCUCUUCGUCUUUUGAAUCCUCACUGCUAGUUUGUAAAAAGAACUCAACGUCCAAGGAACCCUGUCGGAAUGAAAAACCCAUUACAGAACCAGCUCCAAAAAGCCAAGUAUUGGGAAGAGUCAAAGACUUCUUAGGAGUAUUAUCAGAAGCUAAUAAAAAGCUGCAAUUGGAUGCAAAGGACGAUGCUGAAAAAUAUGAUAUUGAAGCCCUUAAUGGCGAUGAAUCAGAAGUCAUUGAAUUGGAUCUGAUGUUGGGCAUUGCUGAUCUUCAUACUCCUGAAGCUGUGGCUGCUGCUGAAUCUGCAAUAAUUGGUAAUCAGCCUGUGAUUGCAUUGAAUUGUAGUAGUAGUAGUAGUGGUGAAUCAGAGUCUGAAGAGAGUAGUGAUGAUAGCAUUACAAGUGACAACAAUGACGAUGAUAAUGAAAAGAGUGACAACCAGAAUACUGACCGUGGGAAUCGAUUGUCAGUUAAACUCAAAAGAUUGAAGUCUAGAAAAACCAAUUGUAGAAGUGAAAGCAAAGAAAAAGGUAAAUCAAAUAAGCGACCAAAGAUUCUAGAGCUUUCUUGAGAGCCAUCUUUUGAUUGCAUCUAAUUCGAUAAUAUGGAUGUGUCACUAUGUUUGAAAGUAUAUGAAGUUUCUGAUGCUUGCACUGACAUAAUCUUCAAGGUUGAUUGCCUGCCUAGUCCUUUAAGCUUUUGGGUAGGAAGCGAUUUUGCUCAAGCUAUUUCUUUCUUCAUUUAGUUCAUGUGCUUUCUUGGAAGGGAAGGCGUUGUCUUUAUGCAUUUCUCUUAUAGGAACUGGAAUAUAGUUAAGUUGGGAAUUAUUCUUGAUCAGAUUACCAAUGUUGGUUUGUAUACAUGAUGUCGAACUUCAAUACUUCAGAAAUAGCCAAAUUAAGAUAUUUUUUGUUCUA